AGAUGGUGAUGCUGGUGAAGGAGAACCCUUUGCUGCUGGACGUGGUUGCCCUGGAGAAGUGCUACCAUGUGAUGGAUCUGCUCUGUGAGCAGUGCGUGCAACAGCAGGACAAGAAUGAGGUUCUGGCCAUGAAAAUGCACUACAUCAGCUGCAUACUGCAGAAGUGUCUGGCCUUCCUGCAGGAAUGUGACGACAAACUGGACGCCCUUUUGGAGAGACUUCUGAAAGGAAGAGAUGGCGAUGGCUUCCCUCAGUACCAGGAGAAAUUCAUCUGGGAUUGUAUUCGGAAGUUUCCCUAUUGUGAAGCAACCCUGCUGCAACAGCUGGUCCAAAGCAUAGCACCUUUGGAAAUUGGGAACAACCCCACAGCCUUCUCGGUUCUGACCCAGGCGUUGACAGGCCAGAUGGUGCUUAUGAACACAGAGUACUGUGCUACAUGUGGGGACAGGGGUGCCGACAUGAAGUGCUCCUUCUGUAAAAUGGUGGUCUACUGUGGGCAGACGUGUCAGAGGCUGCACUGGUUCACCCAUAAGAGCCAGUGCAAAACCCCUGUGAAACAAAGAGAUGCUCAAUUCAACAGCCAAUCACAACUGAGAGAACUCUCCAGCAAUGCUGAUAACAGUGAUGCAGAGAAAGCCGCCAGCUCGAUGCUGGCUCUGUGUUUGGGGUUGUCCGAGUGUGCACUUCAGCACAGUCCUUCUGAUGACCACCGUGAAGAUGGUCCUUGUGCUGGACAGGACUAAAGAACACAAAGAUGUUGGCUGUCGUUUUGUUGGGCCAGGUCAACUCCCUUAAGCAUCGAGAUCAGGCUCAGCGCGCUGUGCUGUGAUUGGUGCUCUGCAUACUAGGACCAUACUGUUUACUGAGGUAUUGGAUCGUAUACUCAUUGUGAGCUGUGUAAUACAGUAAUAUACAGAAUACAGCAUUGUGUACAGCACAUGAAAACUACUGACAAAAGGACAUCCUCUUUGGACAUCUGUUCCAAAAAGAGACAAAAAGAAAAGCUUUGAGGAUUUUCUCUACCACAUUAAUGCUUUUGUUUAAAGGUACACUACGGCCCUCUCGUCGUUAAAAAACAAAACUGCAUGCAUUUUGUGAAAGAACAUAGUUUUAGUUGCGCUUUGGCUUUUCUUGGCUGAGCGGAUGAAUAUGACUCUUCACAAAAGAUGAUGCUUUAUAAUGAACUCUGUUAGAGAGCUACAUAACAAUUUAUAAAAUACCUUACUCACUUGUUGAGUAGUUGUGUAGUAACAACAUUUCCAGCGAAAAAAAAAAUAGAUAAAUAGAUAAAAUAAAGAAAUAAAU